CAAGUGGAACGGACAAUGGCAAUCGUUAGUACCCACACGAAGGAGUGCAGGGCUAACCUAGCAGAACUCGAAUGUUUGCUGGGUGCAUCACAGACUGCCUGCGAUGAAGUAAAAACAAACAUCCAACUUCUUACAGAAUUGGAAACCAGAACCAAAACUACACUUUCCUGCCCGUGGAGUGCAACUUGUCAGUGUCAGGUGGACCGAGGGAAAUUAGACAGAUCUACCAAUCAGAAGAAAUGCGAUGCUUACAAAGCCGAACUUGCGUGUUACAUCAACGAUCCGGACACCACCAGCUGCAAUGAGUCUCCGUUCAAAGACACGGUGCUGUUUGCCAAACAACAGGCCACAACAGCAGUAGCAGACUGCCUCUCUGAAACCUGCAAGUGCCAUGUUUUGUAUUUCACAAACGACAGAAGCACAAGCGAACUGAACUGCGCGGCCAUAACUGCUGUCAAGGCCUGCGUAACCGCUAUAUCAGACGUAAAUGAAUUUAGUUGUGAUGGAAGCACUACCCGAAGCAAUGUAGUUACAUACAUUGACGAUAAAGCAACAUCACUGAACUGUACUGGUUCGGGUUCAAAUGUAAUCCGCCUCUCCAAGUUCGCAGCUGUUGCUAUGGUGAUACUGUGGAAGACCAUUUAAUAUGCUGGAUACAUUUUGUCGAGAUUUGAACGUUAUUUUAAAACGUUUGAACAAUACAUUGUAUAUUAUUAGAUGAUAGUUUGGCACAUUGUUACAUCUUUGCACAAAGAAAUGUAAUAAUAGAAUCCGGUGAUAAAUUUGAACAUUUAUUUGCUUAUGCUUUCAUCUGCGUUGACUGGUAUCAGCACAUUUUCCAGAUGUAUACGAAAACGAUAUAC